AUGGCAGCUCGAGGCCAGCAUGCGCCUGCUCCCAUGAAGGAGCAGGUUGUUGACAAUCUACCCAAGCGCUUCAAGGAGAUGAAAUUUGGUGUACAAUCGAUCCAAGAUGUUGUUAGCCAAGGCGUUCUCGAAGUCUCUCAGCGCACCCUCUACGAUAUGGACAACAACCGAGCUCCUGUCGCGAACGGCGCCCUCGACCCUCGACUUGGUAUAUCCAGCAAGAUUGGCAAAUGUUCCACUUGCAAUCUUCCUCUUCAGAACUGUGUUGGCCAUUGGGGUCACGUCAGACUUGCCCUACCAGCGUUCCAUAUCGGCUAUCUUCGAUUCACCCAGACAAUACUUCAGAACAUUUGCAAAGAGUGCGCGAAAGUCCUCCUGACGGAAGACGAGCGACGGGAAUUUCUGAAGGAGUUGAGACGACCAGGUAUCGAUAACCUCAGGCGGACAAUGAUUUGCAAGAAGAUCAACGAGCAGUGCAGGAAAUGCAAGGAAUGUCCCUACUGUGGGGCCAUCAACGGGCAGAUUCGCAAGCUUGGAGUAAUCAAGCUGGCACACGACAAGUUCGCAACCUUCAAUAAGUCCACAGCGCAGAAAAAGGUGGCACCAGAGAGCAAGCUUCAAUAUGAUGCUUCUUUCAAGGAAGCUAAGAAGUCAAAUCCCGACCUCGAAAAGCACGUUAAGAAAGCUAUGGAAGAUUUGAAUCCCCUGAGGGUGUUGAACCUUUUCAAGCUGAUCAGUCCGAGGGACUGCGAACUGCUGGGAAUGGAUCCUGCCGAAGGCCGGCCAGAAAUGUUCUUGUGGCAGUUCAUUCCCGCGCCUCCGAUUUGUAUCAGACCAUCCGUGCAGCAGGAUAGCUCGAGUACUGAGGACGACCUUACCGCUAAACUUGCAGAGAUCGUCUAUAUAAGUGGCCUUAUCCGCGCGGCUCUCGAUAGGGGACAACCAAUCACAACUAUCAUGGAACAGUGGGAAUAUCUGCAACUGCAGAUCGCCAUGUACGUUAACAGUGAUGUGCCGGGUCUGGUGCAGCCUGGCUUCGGCAAGGCUGUUCGGGGCUUUUGUCAGCGUCUGAAGGGAAAGCAAGGUCGUUUUCGCGGAAACUUGUCUGGAAAGCGUGUCGAUUUCUCUGGCCGAACUGUCAUCUCUCCAGACCCCAACCUAGGAAUUGACCAAGUCGCGGUACCUCAGCUUGUGGCCAAGAACAUGACGUAUCCGGAGCGCGUGAAUUCUACGAACAUCGAAGUCAUGAGACAGGCCGUCAGAAACGGCACCAAGGAGUGGCCAGGAGCCAACGGCAUUAUCAAAAAGGAUGGCGGGUAUAAGGUAAACUUGAAGUUCGGAAACAGGGACCUGAUCGCGAAUGACCUCUCGGUGGGAGACGUUGUGGAGCGCCACCUUGUUGACGGAGAUGUCGCUCUCUUCAACCGACAGCCAUCCCUGCACAAGUUGAGUAUCAUGAGCCAUUUGGUCAAGGUUCGGCCGUGGAGGACCUUCCGGCUUAACGAGUGUGUGUGUACGCCAUACAAUGCUGAUUUCGACGGCGAUGAGAUGAACUUGCAUAUUCCGCAAACAGAAGAGGCCAGAGCUGAAGCAAUAACCCUCAUGGGCGUCAAACACAAUCUGGCCACGCCCAAGAAUGGAGAGCCCAUCAUCGCGGCCACACAAGAUUUCAUCACGGCGGCGUAUCUUCUCAGCAGCAAGGACAGAUUCUUCGACCGAAAGUCAUUCACAUAUAUGUGCGAAAUGAUGCUGGAGGGUAGUGGGCAUCUCGACCUUCCGCCUCCUGCCAUUCUAAAACCCACGGCUUUGUGGACCGGCAAGCAGAUCUUCAACAUUCUUAUUCGGCCAAACCUGCAGUCUCCAGUCAAGGUCAAUCUAGACGCCAAGUGCAGAGAAUACAAGCCACGGCCUGGAAUGGCCCCUGACAUGUGUCCGAAUGACGGCUGGUUGGUAAUCCGAAACUCCGAGAUCAUGUGUGGAGUCAUGGACAAAUCGACUGUUGGAUCUGGAAAAAAGGACUCGAUUUUCUAUGUGAUUUUACGAGACUACGGCCCGGAUGCCGCGGCAGGCGCCAUGAACCGACUUGCGAGGCUAUGCGCGAGAUCCUUGACGAACCAAGGCUUCUCGAUCGGGGUUGGCGAUGUCUUCCCCAUUAACGGUCUGACUGAGUCCAAAGAUCAGCUUGUGGAGGCUGCUUACAAGAAGUGUGACGAGCUUAUCGCAACAUACAAAGCUGGAAAGCUGGACAAGGCUCCCGGAUGCGACAUGGAGCAGACCCUGGAAAAUUCGAUCUCAGGUAUUCUUAGUAAGGUCCGUCAAGAAGCUGGUCAACAGUGUGUGGAUACUUUGAGCCACAACAACGCACCGCUUACCAUGGCCAACUCGGGUUCCAAGGGUUCCGCCAUCAACGUCGCACAAAUGGUUGCCUGUGUCGGGCAGCAAAUUAUUGGAGGGCAGCGUGUGCCGGAUGGUUUUCAGGACCGGAGUCUUCCCCAUUUCCACAAGAACGCUCGCCAGCCCAACUCAAAGGGUUUCGUCCGUAACAGUUUCUACACUGGCUUGGUCCCAUCUGAAUUCCUCUUCCACGCCAUCUCAGGAAGAGAAGGUCUAGUUGAUACCGCCGUCAAGACGGCUGAAACUGGAUACAUGUCGAGACGACUCAUGAAAUCUCUGGAAGAUUUGUCCACGGGCUACGAUGAAACGGUACGGACUUCAAAUGGCGGAAUCGUGCAGUUCCAAUUCGGAGCGGACAACUUAGAUCCCGUCGACAUGGAGGCCUCUGGAAAGCCCGUCCACUUCGAUCGCACGUGGACACAUGCCGAGACUUUGACGUGGGAUAACAAGGAGUCAACAUUGCUGCCCCAUGAGAUCAUGGAAGUCUGCAAAUCGAUGUUGGAUAUUGAGCGUGCCAAGUAUGUGAGACGGCGAAUGACCGACGGCCAGGUACUUGACUACGAUGAUGACAGCAACAUGUCGAUUGAUGAGCAUGAGAGUGCCCGAAUUUUCCUCAGAGAUGUAGAAAGCUAUGUGACAGCUCGCGCAAAAAAGCUAUCAAGAGCUCGAGGAGAAGUUGGACUGGACCCAGACGACGGCGAUGCAAUGGAGAUCGACACGGCUUCUGAGGACAAGAUCAGCCUAGCACGCGUUGAGCGCGUGGCGAAGGUCUCCCGGACUACUUUGCAAAAGUUCAUCCGCCUCUGUCUAGACAAAUACAAACAGGCGCAUGUCGAACCUGGGCAUGCGGUCGGUGCUGUUGGAGCCCACUCUAUCGGAGAACCAGGAACCCAGAUGACGCUUAAGACGUUCCAUUUCGCUGGUGUCGCCGGUAUGAGUAUCACGCAGGGUGUGCCUCGUAUUAAGGAAAUUAUCAACGCCUCCAAAAACAUCAGCACGCCUGUCAUCACAUGUCCUUUGGAAAACAAGAAGCAGAUCGAGGUGGCCAAGGUCGUCAAGGCCCGUAUUGAGAAGACAUUCAUCUCGGAUGUGAUUAAGCACAUUGAAGACGAGUGGCUUUCUGACCGAGGAUUAAUCGUCCUUGAAGUCGACAUGGACGCCUUGCAGGAUAUGCACCUGGGCAUCGGUCCAAGAGACAUUGCCGAGGCUGUCGUCAAGCACAAGAAGCUGAAGGUCCUACGAGAAGACAUAAAUGUCGGUCCAUCCUAUAUCGAGAUCAGCGUACGCAAUACUUGGACAGACAUCGCUGAGCAGAAGCGGCUGGCCCGGAAUGGUAAGUCCAGUACCGUGAUUGAGAGCGCCUCAGAUCUCCUGCUCCGAGUCAACUACCUCCGCCGCAUGCUUCCAACUGUCGCCAUCUCGGGCUACCCUGAUGCCACCCGAGCCAUCAUUCAAACAUCGGAAAACUUGGAGCACACCGUUCUAGUCGAAGGCUAUGGACUGCGCGCGUGCAUGACGACGGAGGGUGUCAUCGGCACCAAGACGCGAUCCAACAACGUGAUGGAGUGUCGCGACAUUCUCGGCAUUGAAGCAGCACGUACUACUAUCGCGAAUGAAAUUGCAGAAGUCAUGGGCGACAUGGGUAUCGACCCGCGUCACAUGCAGCUGCUCGCCGACGUGAUGACAUACAAGGGCGACGUCCUGGGUAUCACCCGUUUCGGCCUGCAGAAGAUGCGCGACUCGGUGCUGCAGCUCGCGUCGUUCGAGAAGACGGCCGAUCACCUGUUCGAGGCGGCGGCAGCAAUGAAGACGGACAAGAUCGAGGGCGUGUCCGAGUCCAUCAUCAUGGGCCAAUCCAUGUCCAUCGGCACGGGGUCAUUCAACGUCGUCCGCAGGAUGGGCCUGCCGGAGUGGUUCCUGGAGAAGAAGCCGACGCUGUUCGAGGAUGCGUGGGGCAAGAAUGUGAAGACCAAGAAGGAGGCGAGGGCUGCCAGGGCGGCGGCGGCGCGCAGUAAUGGGGAUGCGCUGAGGGCGGUGGCUGCUGCUGCGUAG